UAGUGACAUUUUGAAGCUGAGAUUUUUAGAGUGAACAACAUUUGUGCAUUUUCUCGAGAUUCCUUGGAAAAAGCGGGAGAUUUUACCUGCAACGUCUAACUGAACAAUGUCUGAUGAGCAAUACCUCGCGCCCAAGAGAACCCAGAAGCGCUACGAGCAGAGAUUCCGAGAUGCUUGGCUGCAAAAUCCUCUGCUGAAAGACUGGCUCAGAGAUUGCUACACUCCGGACGGCGUCCGGGAGGCGCGCUGUCUGUACUGCAACAUUCGACUGUGCCCACGAUUUAUUGACCUCUCCAAGCAUGCCAUGACCAGGAAGCACUUGAGAAAUACACCGAAUGAAGGCAUUUUGAUUGACCAAUCGAGCGACAUUGAAGAAGCCGAGGAGGAACAGGAACCAAAUGAAGUGGAUUAUGAGGAGUCGGAGGAGAACAAGAGUGAAAACAUCAUGUAUGAAGUGAUUCUUGAUCAUCCAAACAAGGAAGUGGUUCUGGAGCAGCACAGUCAGGAUGACACGAGUCUAGAACAGCUGCACUCACAAAUGGACGCGUCUGGAAACUCAAGCACGAGCAUCGAACCGCCACUGAAGAUCCUCAAAAUGGGCUUCAAGAGCAAUAAAACCGGUGGAAGUGCGUGUGAGGAGACUAAAGAGAUUCCUGUGCCAACGACGAGUUCGAGGAAGAUGAAAUUUGCCUCCUUAGAACCGAAUAUACUGCUUGAGAGGAAGAAACUUGUGCUGCAGAUCAAAAAUGAAGAGUUGCGAGCGUAUAAAUUGCAAUUGGAAGCCUUUAAGAUGGAACGAGAACUUGGUUUCGGACGAUCGAUUUUCACAAAAAAUCUCCCAACAAAAACCACCCUUUAAAAGCUACUCAGAUUGUUCAAAUAA